AUGAAGAACCAGUCAGUAGAAAUAGAGUUCAUUCUUCUCGGAUUGACAGAUGACCCACAAUUGCAAGUUGUGACUUUCCUAUUUUUAUUUCUUAAUUACACACUGAGCCUGAUGGGAAACCUAAUCAUCAUCCUACUUACCCUGCUGGAUCCUCGCCUCAAGACACCAAUGUAUUUUUUCCUCCGUAAUUUCUCAUUUUUGGAAAUUCUAUUCACAACAGUAUGUAUUCCCAGAUUCCUGGUAACCAUUGUGACUAAAGACAAAACAAUUUCAUACAAUAACUGUGUAGCUCAAAUAUUUUUUAUUCUUUUACUGGGAGUCACAGAGUUCUACCUUCUGACGGCCAUGUCCUACGACCGCUAUGUUGCCAUCUGCAAACCCCUGCACUACCCAAUCAUUAUGAACAACAGAGUGUGCUAUCAGCUGGUUAUUAGCUCCUGGGUGACGGGGUUUCUAAUCAUCUUCCCUCCUUUGGCCAUGGGACUCAAGUUGGAGUUCUGUGCUUCCAAAGUAAUUGAUCACUUCAUGUGUGAAACUUCUCCUAUCCUGCAGAUAUCCUGCACUGAUACGCAUGACCUAGAAUUGAUGUCUUUAAUCUUAGCUGUGGUGACACUUGCGGUCACAUUGGUGUUAGUGAUUCUCUCUUACACCUGUAUCAUUAGAACCAUUCUGAAAUUCCCUUCUGCACAGCAAAGAACCAAAGCUUUUUCCACCUGUUCUUCCCACAUGAUUGUUGUCUCCAUGACUUAUGGCAGCUGUAUAUUUAUGUACAUUAAGCCAACUGCAAAGGAAAGAGUGACUCUAUCCAAAGAUGUGGCUUUGCUAUAUACCUCCAUUGCCCCUUUACUAAAUCCCUUUAUUUACACCCUAAGGAACCAGCAGGUAAAGGAAGUCUUUAGGGAUAUGUUACAAAAGAUGUCAUGGUUUUCAAAAAAGCAAUUGUAA